AUGAAACCACACUUGAAGCAAUGGAGACAACGAAUGCUUUGUGGGAUAUUUACUUGGGGGCUCCUCUUCCUGGUGAUUUUCAUUUACUUCACCAACAGCAGCCCUGCUGAGCCUGCGCCCAGCUCCCUUGCCUUCCUGGAGACUAGGAGGCUCUUGCCCAUGCAGGGGAAGCAGAGGGUCAUCAUGGGUGCCAUGCAGGAGCCCCCCUGGCCAGAAAGCGUGAACACAAACAAGGGGCUGCUGGACGGACACCCCACGGGGCCUCGCGACCUGCAGAAAUGGGCCAAGCUGCAAGAUGGGGUUGAAAAUGAUGAAGAGUUCUUUUUAUCUCAGAUUGGGAGAAAAUCCCCAAGUACCUUCUACCCAGAAGACGACGACUACUUUUUUGCUGCCGGUCAACCAGGGUCUCACAGCCACGCUGGGGGGACACUGGAGCCCCUCGCCCCCAGGCACGCCGGCCGGUGGAAGGGGUGGCUGCCGGAGAGGAAAAGGCACCGGCCCCGGGGGAGCAGCCCCGCGCUGGAGGAGGGCGAGGCAGGAGACAGGCUGUACUCCUCCAUGUCCAGGGCCUUCCUGCACCGGCUCUGGAAGGGCACCGUCUCCUCCAAGAUGCUCACCCCGCGCCUGCAGAGGGCCAUGAAGGACUACCUGGCGGCCAACAAGCACGGCGUGCGCUUCCGCGGGCGGCGCGCGGCCGGGCGGAGCCGGGCGGCCCUGCUGUGCGCGCUGCGGCGCCGGGUGCGCCUGCGCACGCUGGACGGCACGGAGCCGCCCUUCGCGGCGCUGGGCUGGCGCGCGCUGGUGCCCGCGGUGCCGCUCGGCCAGCUGCACCCCGGCGGCCUGCGCUCCUGCGCCGUGGUCAUGUCCGCCGGCGCCAUCCUCAACUCCUCCUUGGGGGAGGAGAUAGAUUCUCAUGAUGCAGUCUUGAGAUUUAAUGCUGCUCCCACCCGUGGCUAUGAGAGAGAUGUUGGGAAUAAAACCACUGUGCGCAUCAUUAAUUCCCAGAUUCUGACCAACCCCAACCAUCACUUCAUUGACAGUUCAUUAUAUAAAGAUGUCAUUUUGGUGGCCUGGGACCCUGCUCCUUAUUCUGCAAAUCUUGACCUGUGGUACCAGAAGCCAGAUUACAACCUGUUCACACCAUAUGUCCAGCAUCGUCAGAGGAACCCAAAUCAGCCCUUCUACAUUCUUCACCCUAAAUUUGUAUGGCAGCUUUGGGACAUCAUCCAGGAGAACACCAAGGAGAAGAUUCAGCCCAAUCCACCAUCUUCUGGUUUCAUUGGAAUCCUCCUCAUGAUGUCCUUGUGCAGUGAGGUGCACGUGUACGAAUACCUCCCGUCUGUCAGGCAGACAGAACUGUGCCACUACCACGAGCUAUACUACGACGCGGCCUGCACCCUCGGGGCCUACCACCCUCUGCUCUACGAGAAGCUGCUGGUGCAGCGCCUGAACACUGGUGCCCAAGGAGACCUGCACCGCAAGGGCAAGGUGGUUCUGCCAGGGCUGCGGGCUGUGCACUGCUCCGCCCCCAACUCUUGA